CGGUUCGUGAGUUCAUCAGCUAACGAAUUUCCUCGGCAGAUUGAGCUGGCGAUACGCUUAACAAUGGCAGAAGAACUCGCAUUUAACAAGCCCAAGGUCGAGCUACAUGUGCACCUUGACGGCGCAAUACGAGUGGAGACCAUUGUGGAUGUGGCAGAGAGACGGGGAAUGACCCUGCCCGUGGCGACAGUGGAAGAGAUGAGAGACCUCUGCUCGUUAAAGAAUCCUUCCACGCUCACAGAAUUCCUCAGCAAAUUCAACCAUUACAUGCCUUUCAUUGCGGGGGACAGAGAAGCCAUUAAGCGAAUAGCAUAUGAGUUUGUGGAGGACAAAGCCAAAGAAGGAGUGAUUUAUGUGGAAGCAAGAUACAGCCCCCAUCUUCUGGCCAACCGUGACGUGGAACCCAUACCAUGGGAGCAGAAAGAAGGUGACCUGACACCAGACGAAGUGGUGAAUUUGGUCAAUCAGGGCCUGAACGAGGGGGAGAAGGCCUUCAAAACCAAAGCCAGGUCCAUUCUGUGCUGCAUGCGUCACAUGCCAAAGUGGUCUAUGGAUGUGAUAGAGUUGUGUAAGAAGUACCGUAAUGAUGGAGUUGUGGCCAUUGAUCUAGCAGGAGACGAGCUAAUGGACACUAAAGCUUACCCUGAACACAAACAAGCCUAUGAGGAGGCAGUUAAGAGUGGGGUUCACAGGACAGUGCAUGCAGGAGAAGUGGGUCCACCAUCAGUGGUGAAAGAGGCGGUAGAGGUUUUGAAAGCGGAGCGCAUAGGCCAUGGCUACCACACCACUGACGACCAAGCGCUGUACAGACGUUUACUGGAGGAGAACAUGCAUUUUGAGACAUGUCCGAUCUCCAGCAGAAUGACGGGUGCUUGUGAUCCAGAUUUCACAAAACAUCCACUUAUCAGGUUCAGGGAAGACAAGGCCAACUACUCUCUGAACACAGACGACCCUUUGGUUCUGAACUCCAACCUGCACAAAGAUUACGAAGUUGCAAAGAAGUUCAUGGGCUUCACUGAGGAAGAAUUCCAGAGAGUGAACAUAAAUGCAGCCAAGUCUUGCUUUUUACCCGAGAAGGAGAAGAGGGAGCUGGUGCAUCAGCUGUGUGAGGCUUAUGGGAUGGUGGAACACACAUGUUUCUGA